AUGUUUCCUUUUCUUUCGCUUCUUUUACUUUUUCUUUUUCCCUUUUUUUUCUUCUUCAUCAUCUCAAUCACUUGUCUUCUUUCUCAUAUUUUAUUUUCUUUUUAUCCUCUUCCUUUCUUGAACUUUUUCCCUUUUUUUCUCUGCUAUUUCUUUCCUGUUAUCUUUUUUUCUUUUUCAUCUUUCUUUUUUUCUUCUACUUAUUCAAUAUUUAUUCGCUUUUACUUUCCUAUUACAUUUUCCUUCAUUUCCCUCGUUAUUUUUUCUUUAUUCUCUCUUUCCUUCCCCUCCUCCUCCUUUCAUUUCUUUGUCCCUCUUUUCUGUAUCAGUAAUGCUUUGCUUUCUUUAUUUUUUAUUCAUCAUUAUUUUCUUACUUUUUCUCAAAUUAAUUUCUUAUUCGAGUCUUUUUUUAUUUCACGUUUCCUUAAAUUUUCUGGCCAAAUUCGUGCCAGUCUCCCAUUUUCUUAUUCUCUUUUUCCUCUAAUUUUGUGUUUAUUUUAUUCUGAUCUUCCAAGCGCUUUUCCUUUCUUUCCUUUUCUAAAAUAUUUUUCUGCUUUACAUCCACAUCAUCCUCUUUCUCCCUUCUUCUUCUUCUUCUUCUUCUUCUUCUUCUUCUUCUAUCAUUUACUUUCCCCUGCAUCAUUUCUUCCUUUUCAUUUUCUCAUUCCGUCCUUUCUUCUCUUCUUAAUAACUUAUAUAAAUAAUAUCGCUUCUCCCUUUUUUUUCCUUUCACCCUUCAUAUUCUUUUAUCCGUUCUUUCUAUCUUGUUAUGACCUUUCUAUCUUUUUAUCGUCUUUCUAUGACCUGCCUAUCUUUUUAUGA